UCAGAAUCGAUGGGUCAACGACAUGCUUGUUCAAUGUCACCAUCUUUUACGGGGAAAGCUGCGUGAGGAGGCGCAUGGUAUAAUCUGUUAGUACAGUCACUUAUCGCUCAUUUCGAUAGAUUUAGAAACACCCGAGGAGACUUCCCGUUUACUGGAUUAUUAUGGCACUGCGCGGGAGAUGCAGGUUUAUUGUCCUGGCCGUCCAGAAUUUGUCUCAGCCCGGACAGCGUGCCCCGGCCUUCUCACCCCUUGUCUCCAUGUCCAGAACCUUUUGCUCUUCAGCACGGACUUUCUCCCUAGAUUCCUACCCGUCUGGCCCGAGGCGAAACGCGUCAGCAGGAGCCAAAGCUGAGCGCGUCUCUCCUUCCUCAGGGAGAGCUCAGAGGAACCUUUCGGCAGUAGCCCUGUCCCUGCAGAAACAACCCCUGAGUUGCAACGACCUGCUGGAUUUGGGUGAAAUGGAAGAAAACAGGCGCAAAGCUCUCACCUGCAGAUACCAGCGGCGCUUCAUUGUGGACCCCAAGCUCGCCAGAACAGUGACUGACCAUCUGAUCCAAGACAUCGAGGAUGAGAAAGCCGUCAUUUUUGAGUGCAACCCAGGGCCUGGCGUGUUGACCUGCUCACUGAUAAACUGUGGAGCACAGAGAGUGGUCGCACUGGAAAGCGACAAUUCCUUCCUGCCAGAUCUGCAGGCGCUGGAGAGAAAGCUGGAUGGGCAGCUGAAGGUGAUGCACUGUGACUUCUUUAAACUGGACCCCGUAGGCCAGGGCAGCAUGAUACCUCCAGCCAUGUACUCAGAGAAGCUUUUUACAGACCUCGGUAUCCCCGAAGUGCCGUGGUCAGCAGAUGUGCCAGUGAAGGUCGUGGGAAUCUUCUCCCAGAGGAACGAGAGGGGUAUGCUCUGGAAGCUCAUCUAUGCUCUGUUCGAGCGCCUCUCCGUCUUCCGCUACGGACGGGUAGAACUGAUCAUGUUUAUCAGCGAGAAGGAGUACAGAAAACUGGUGGCCAGGCCAGGAGAUACUAAGGGCUAUCAGGCUCUCAGUGCCCUCUGGCAGAUGGCCUGUGAUAUUGAACUACUCCACCAGGAGCCGUGGUCUUCCUUCGUCACAACAUCAAAACAUGGUGGAUUGGCCAUUCCAAAGAGCAUUCUACUGCCUAACGAGCACCUGUGCCUUGUGCGGCUGACCCCACGUGAGGACCUCUUCACCUCAGUUCUCACGCCCUUCAAUAGCAACACGCUUGUUAUGAUGGUCAAGCAGUGCCUGGCCAAGAGGAAGAGCAGACUAGUGGAAAAACUCAACUCCUGGAAUCCCGGUGGCGGGCAGGACAUGCUGGCACAGGCGGGCCUCCUUGAGCACGUGCUGACCGGGCAGGUGUACCCACAGGAGUACAAGCGCCUGUUUGAGCUCAUAGACAAAUCGGAGGAGUUCUCCCAGAGCUGGCUGUACAAGGAGAUCCUGGAGAACACCCAAAGGACAGGUUGCUGUAUCUAAGAGCGCUAACACCUCUGCAGCACAGUGAUGCAGUAGAAAAGGAGAGACAACUCGGAAGGUUGCUGGAUGCUUGUGGCUGGCACCUGCACACAAGCUAAAGGGCUCAGAGGAGACGAGUCUGCAUGUUGUUUCACCAAAGAACACUGACACCGUAGCUGGCACUGUGUGUGCACUUAGGCAUGUAAAACUGACCCUGAUGCUCAAUGUCAUGAUUUGAUUAAGCAUUUAAGACAUUUGUUAAAAAAUUGACUAGCGAAGCAUAAUCUAAUAUGUCAAGUGAAAUAUCAGCCUAGUUUUGUUAUGACUAUUUGUGACUAGCUAAUGAUAUCUAUCUUAACAGCUGUAGGCUAAGACACCUCUGUGUGUAGGUAUCAUCCACUUAGACCAAUGUGACAGUUGUUUUUCAUCAUGGCCGUUAAAGGAAUAUUCAACCAUUGUCAACAUGUUCUUCAUCUGGUGCCUCGGUAGUGUGUGGUUGAUUGAUUAUCACUGGCAAUCCUUUUAAAAAUAUUUUCCUACUCUUAAAAAAGAAAGCUUAUAACCGAAGCAUAAGGGUUGUUGAGCUCCUUCACACCAGGAGUGAAACUUUCUUAAAUGUCAGUUGUUUUUUCUGUUCUUUGGUAAAUAAAGAGGCGAGUUGCAAUUA